AUGUCCCCCCGCCUUGAAAACAAAAUCGCCAUCGUGACCGGCUCCUCCUCAGGCCUGGGCCGCGCAAUUGCCCUCCGCUACGCCCAAGAAGGCGCAAAGGUAGCCUGUGCCGAUCUCUCCCCCACAGCGCGAUUAACAGAAGAAGCCAUCAUCACAACCCACGACUUAAUCACAGAAAACGGCGGUGAUGCAAUCUUUAUCCAAACAGACGUUGGCGACGCAAGUCAAAUGGAGAACCUCGUCAAAACAACAGUCACCAAAUACGGCCGACUUGACAUCAUCGUCAACAAUGCCGGAAUAAGCAUCGAAGCUUGCUCCCCAGCCGUGCUCCACCUCACCUCCGAAGACACGUGGGACACGACGAUGCGCGUGAACGCUAAAUCCGUUUUCCUGGGCUGCAAGUAUGCUCUCACGCAGAUGUUGGCGCAGGAGCCGCAUUCCUCGGGUGAUCGGGGGUGGAUUGUGAACAUUUCGUCGAUUAUGGGAAUGAUUGCGGGGCCUGAGAAUCCAUCCUACUGCGCAUCCAAGGGCGCCGUUAGCCAAUUAACCCGACAGAUGGCACUGGACUAUGCGAUGCAUCGGAUUCAUUCGAAUGCGAUUUGUCCGGGGUAUACGCAAACUGCGAUUUUCAAAGAAACUACCUCGCAUUGUACGCCCUGGGAUGAUCUGAACCGCCGACACCCGCUCAAGGGGCCCGGCUUUCCGGAUGACAUUGCCAAGAUGGCUGUUGUGUUAGCGGGUGAGGAUGCGAGUUGGGUCACGGGGGUGUGUUUGCCUGUUGAUGGGGGGUAUACUGCUCGCUAG